AUGCCUGUCACGGCCCUUUCGAUACUUGCCACGGUCUCAGUUACUCCGCCUCAGCUUCCGCAGCCUCAGCGGGAGCUGCUAAUCACAAGUGCCGAGGAGCUGCAAAGCGCCUUCGCCGCAGCUGCAGCUCGGCCGGCAGUCUUUCUCCGUCUUGCCGGCACCAUCGAAAUCGAUUCGACUUUUGAGAUAACGACCGACGUAACGCUGCGCGGCAGUGGCGAUGCGCAGCUGGUCUCUUCGGGCCCACGCCUGUUUCGAGUCAACGGCGGCCGGCUCAGACUGGCGGCACUGCACCUCUCUGGCGCUGGCGGCACUGCCGCCGACGGCGUGGGUGGUGGCGCGGCGCUAGUGGAGAGUGGAGGUGAGCUGGCCCUCACCGACGUCAACGUAUCCAACUGCUCCGCUCCGGCUGGCCGCGGUGGCGCCAUCCUCGUGCGCGAUGGCCACCUCGAUGCCCGCGGCGGCAGCUUCAUCCGCUGUUCUGCAGAGUUCGGCGGGGCGAUCGCUCUGGAGGGCAACCAGAGCAGCGCGGCGGUCCGAACGGCAGUUUUGGAGGGCUGCUUCGCAUCCGCUGCGGGUGGAGCAGUCUGGAUGGGGGGAGGCGACCUCGUGCUCGACGGCUGCCGCCUCCGCCGCUGCGGCACUACCCUCGUCAGCACCUCGAGCGUCGCCGGAGGCCCUGACCGGCUCGGCGUGGUUGGGUGGUACGACCAGGCCGACUGGAGGGCGACGGCGCCGCGCGGGGGCGGGCUAAGCGUCGAGGCCGGGGAUGCGAGGCUCGUCGGCACGACAGUCGACAGGUGCUACUCUGUCAUCGGCGGCGGGCUCCAUUUCGACGCCGGGCGCGGAUCCCUCGAGGACAGCGAGGUGGCGCGGUGCGAGGCGGACCUCGCGGGAGGGUGCGUGGUCACCAAGGCGGCGGCCGUUCGGUUGACCGGCUCGUCGCUACGCGGCUGCACCGCGCAGCUGGCCGCGUCGCUGCUGGCGGUGGGCAGGCUCGACGAGGGCGCCGGCGGAGAGGUUCUCCUGGGCAACGGCAGCCUCCUCGACCCUUCGGGCGCAGAGGGACUCGCGUGGAACCAGUCAGAAGUGGAGCCGCUCCACGUCCUGAGCGGCGCAGUCUACUACGCGCUGCCGGCGCCGCCCGGCUACUGGCUCCACCUACCGCUUCAGGACACUUGCCACGUCGCGCGAGAGGCGUGCCCCGCCGACGCGGCGUGCGAGGCGCACUUCGCAGAGUGCCGGCUCCGCGCGGAGGGAGGGCCGCACUGCACGGCCCCGCUCGGAGCGUGGCAGCAGCCGUGCAACUGGCGGGCCAGCCCGUGGCUGCUGGGCGAGCGGCUCUUCACCUUCUACCAGGGCGUCAAGUACUUUGAGACCUUCCCGACCGCAUGUCGUCCCGGCAGGCUCGGGGGCACCGCUGACGCCGAGCAGAGCAGCGCUCAGUGCGCGGGCCCUUGCCCUGCCGGAGCCUUCUGCAGCGGCCACGCCAACGUUGAGCCGGUGCCGUGCCCGGCCGGCGGCUACUGCCCCGCCGGCAGCGCUGCCCCCGUCCGCUGCCCCGCCGGCAGCUUCUCGAACGCCACUGGCCAGGCCUCCGAGGACGCGUGUCUGCCGUGCUCUGUCGGCCACGCCUGCUCUGCAUUGCCCGGAGGCGCGCUGCGAAGCCUGCCCUCACCCUGUGAGCCGGGGAGCUACGCCAACGCCAGCGGCGCCGUGGCUUGCGACCGUUGCCCCUCGGGCCACUUUUGCGAGGCGGGGGCGAUCGAGCCCAGCCCGUGCCAACAAGGCAGCUUCCUCCCGUACGGCGGCAUGGACAGCCGCGACGACUGCAUCCUCUGCCCCCUCGGCCACGUCGCCAACGAGACAGGCUCCGAAAGCUGCGGCAUGUGCCCGCCGGGCACUUUUGCCGACUCGCCCGGCCUGGCCGCAUGUGAGCGGUGCGGCCGGGGAGGCUACUGCACUGACGCAGGUGCCACCACAGGCACAGUGCGAUCCCUCUGCCCGGCGGGCUCGUACAACCCAGAGCCGGGCGCGAGCUCGGUCGAGGCGUGCCUGCCCUGCCCCGCGGGCAGCCACGGCCCGGAGAACGGCGCCUCGCGGCUGGAGCAGUGCCUGCCUUGCACGCCCGGCGAGUUUGCAGACGGUGCGGGUCGGACUCGCUGCAGCCUCUGCCCUGCUGGGACCUUCGCCAACAGCUCGGGUGCGACCGGCUGCUACGCCUGCUCCGAGGGGCACUACAGCGCGGAGGGGAUGGCACGCUGCGUGGCGUGCGACACCAGGCUGACGAGCGACCGGAACGCCUCCGCCUGCCUCCUCUGCAGCGAGGGCCGGUUCCUCGACCGGCCACAGUCGGCGAUCGAGCGGCUGGCGAAUACGUCCGCCACCUUCCUGCAGGAGCAACCGUCCCUGUGCGCCGACUGCCCGCCGAACGCCACCUGCGACCGGGGCGGCACGCUCGCCUCGCUCGGCCUGCCGGUCAACACGUGGCGCCUCUCGACACGAACGACGGACAUCAAGCAGUGCCGCACCAAGGCCGAGGCGUCGGCGCUCUCCUUUCUGGCGGGUGAGUCCUCCUUCUUGCGCAGCGCCGCCGCCGACGCGGCUCAGCUCGCCGAGUCCGACAUCGAUCGGCUCAACGGGCGCUACCGCUCGCCCUGUGUCGGGGGCGCCGGCGACAGCCUGUGCUUUCCGGGCCACACCGGCGUGCGGUGCGAGGUGUGCGAGCUCCCGUCGCAGCACUUUGAUCGGCGCCACCUCAAGUGCACCGACUGCCCGACCGCGGCGGCGCUACUGCGCGAGCACGCGUGGGUCUUUGUCGUGCUGCUGGCGGUCGGCCUCGCGCGCCUCGCCCACCGGCUAAGCGGGCGGCUGAAGAGCCUCUCCCGCUGGUUCUUUGUGUGCGCCCUGCCAAAGAUCGGGCUCGUCGGCAAGCUCAAGAUCUUCCUCUCCUUCUACCAGGUCUUUGACACGCUCGAGCCGGUGUACGGCGUCGACGUCGCUGUCCCGGGCUACCGCCAGUUCCUCGAGACGGUGAGGCUCCUAGCGUUUGAGUGGGUGUUCGACCCCGAGCUUCUGCACAGCACCUGCCUCGGCCCGAUUGGCACGCGCAUGGCAACGUGGAUUCUCUGGCCUUUUGCGCUCGCCGUGGCGUGGAUCCUCUGUGCGGUGGCAAUCCCGGCGCUGUACCACGGAUACCGUGCGGCCGCCGACUUGGAGGAGCAGCGCGCGGCGGCUGCCUCGACCUGCGUGCUGCGCGCCUCCGUCAUCAUCGCGUACGCCUGCCUGCCGACCGUGGCUAAGAACGUCUUCAACGCGAAGCAGUGCGAGUCCUUCCGCCUCGACGACGAGCUCGGGGAGACGCAGUCUUACCUGCGCGCCGACUGGCGCAUCGAGUGCGGCAGCGCCGAGUACGAGGCGCUGCAGCCGCUCUUCUGGGCGGGCUUCCUUCUCUGGCCAGUCGGAGUACCCCUCUGCUUCCUGUCGCUGCUGCUCGCCGCGCGCCGCUGCAUCGUCUCGCGGCGGCAGUCGCGGCUCGCAGAGGCGCUCCGCUUCCUGUGGGGCGAGUACCAGCCGCGACAGUACUGGUGGGAAUGUCUCGACACGAUGCGCAAGCUCUGCCUCGCCUGCUACAUGCUGUUUGUCCAGACGGAGGACGGGUCCACGAAGCUGCUCCGGCUCUACCUCGCCACGCUCGGCACGACGAUGUACCUCUCGGUCCUCUGCUUCGCGCAGCCGUUUGCGCGGGUGGACGACUUCCAACUCGCGGUGGGCGCCAACCUGGUCCUCGCCUCGACCUUCCUCUCGGGCAUCGCAAUCAAGAUCUGCACCGACGCCGGCGGCGCCUCCGUCGCGUCGGAGGAGUGCGCCGCGUACUUCGGGAUCGACUCUGCAGAGGACAUCACCACCGUCGCAAUCGUCCUCGGCGGCGCGAUGCUCGCGGUCCUCUCGUUGGUGGUGACGUGGCGCAUAGUGGCCUCGGCGCGCGACCCGACAAUCCGACUCGUCUUCAGCGGCCGCGAGCCAAUCCUCGAGCUGCCAAAGGGCUGCAGCUUCCACGGCUUCCUUUCGCACGUCUGGGGCACCGGCCAGGACCAAGCACACACGAUCGUGCGGCAGCUGCAGUUGCUGAUGCCCGGCGUCCGGAUCUGGCUAGACGUCGACAACCUCUCCAACCUCGCCUCCCUCGAGAGCUGCGUCGCCGACUCGGCCGCCGUGCUUGUCUUCCUCUCGGCGGGCUACUUCAAGAGCGGCAACUGCCGGCGCGAGCUGUACGCGGCGAUGGAGCAGGGCAAGCCACUGGUGGUGGUGCGCGAGGGCAACGAGGAGAAGGGUGGGGGCAGCGCCGCCGACUUCCGUGCUGAGUGCGCUGCGUAUUGCUCGGACGCGGCCGCCGGCGUCGCAGAGGCCGUCUUUGCGCGCGAGCUGAUCGUCUGGCUGCGCGCGCACGAGUUCCAGCGCGAGUCGCUGAAGCAGAUCGCCCACCAGCUGCUCGCGGCCUCGCCCUCCUUUGCGCGUCCCGCCGGGGUGCACCAGCUGGCUCCCGGCCUCUUCAUCCCUGGAGAGCUCGGCUGCAUGCGCUUCGAGGUUCCGGUCCACUUGCUGGUGUGCGAGGCCAACGCGGGCGCCCCCCGCUUCGCGACCCAGCUUCAGCAGGCGGUGGACGAGGACGAGCUGAUGGCGCCGCGCAGUACCUGGGAGCAGCACACGCCCUUCACGCCGCGCGCUGGCAGAGGCGCGCGCCGCGCGCGCGCACUGCUGCUACAGGACGGCCGCGCUGCCCUCGCGGCGCUGCCAGAUCUCGCCUCGCUCAGCUGUCGGUUGCCAUCCCGUGGCUCUGCCGUCUCGACUGCGGGCCACCGGCGAUCCACCGCCGCCGCCGCCGCCGCCGCCGCAGCCGCAGCCGCCGCCGCCGCCGCCGAGGCCCGGGCGCAGCUCGCUCCGAAUACGCGCGCGCUGCUCUACCUCAACAACGAGACCUUCCGCGACCCGGGCGGGGGGACGGCCAGCUUCGUCAGGCGCGUGCUCGAGUUGGGCGUGCCGCUGGUGAUGGUGCACGAAAAGGACCCGGACGGGGGCGGCGCCCCGUUUCAUACGCUCUUCCAGCAGACGCCCGAGGACCUCGUGCGUCAGAAGCGCCUCUUCGACGACCUCGCCAUCGACCUGCACGCCGCACCGGCGCACCGAACGGUGUCGCUCCGCCUGGCGAUGCGCGCGCUCGGAGCCAAGCCCGCAAGGCGGCGACGUCUCGCGCCGCUGCGGUGGGGCUGGCUCGCGGCGCGGUGGUGGCUCGGCUGGCGCGGGGCGCAAGAGGCUUCGCUGUCCGAGGCGAGCACGUCCGGCUCGCGGAGCGGGAAGAAGGCGAAGCUAGAUUGUGGUCGGAACACCCCUGCUGAGCGUGUUUAAAUGAACUGGGUUGUGCUGCGCUAGUUCAUCGAUGCACGAUGCUCGAUGGGCUUUCCCCCAACCCCCAAGUCCUGGAGUG